AUGGAUGGAACGUGUAACAAUCUUCAGAAUCCAUUGAGAGGAGCGGCUUAUCGUCCCUACACCCGCCUUCUGCCUACUGUUUACGACAAUGGCCUCUCAGAACCAGUCGGAUCAAUAAUGACUCAUCUGCGCCCUUCGCCUCGAGCUGUCACCCGACAUCUCACGUCGUCUCAUGCCUCCGUGGUCUCUGAAGACUACAACGCCAUGGUUAUGCAGUUUGGACAGUUCAUCUCGCACGACAUGGCCAAGACUACAUUGGUACCAUCCUCCAAGUGUAAUGUCUGUCAAAACAUUACGAGUCGUUGUAUGUCAGUACCAAUCGCAAGCGAUGAUCCGAAUGCCGGGAAUUUAGAUUCCGCCGUAACGGCUGUGUACGAGUCUCCCGAUCGUCGCCAAUCUGUGGAUCUGGUAACCAGAAACCCCGACAGCAACUCAAUGAAAAUACAGAUAAAAGGAACCCUAAAAGAUUCUUCUCCUUCAUCCCUUCCUCCUUCUCCACAAUCUUCUAUGGAUUCCAGAGAAUGGUUACCGAAGAUUUUGGGUGCAGCGUUCUCUUCUGUGGUCGGUGAUUAUCGAGGCUAUGAUCCGUCGGUCGACGCCACCAUUGCCAAUGAAUUCACGUCAGCUGCUUUCCGAUUUGGUCACGGAAUGAUUCAGGAGUUCUACCAACGGCUUGAUCCUAACUUUGGUAACUCAUCUUUUGGAGCACUUGCACUCCAAAAAGGCACAUUACAUUCAGAUGUACUUGUAAAUGAGGGAGGACCGGAUCCUUUGGUGAGAGGAAUGUUCACCCAGAAUGUCAAACGACCACAACGAGUCACUACGACCGUUACGGAAAAUAUGUUUGGUUCUACAGAUCUCAGUACGAUCAACAUUCAGCGAGGCCGCGAUCAUGGCCAUCAAAGUUAUUCGAAAUAUCGUGAACUGUGCGGCAUGGGAGUUGCUACCACCUUCGAUCAUUUAUCACGAGAGAUCCUUAACACAGCUACUCGUGAGAAGCUGGAGAAGGUUUACGGCAGCGUAGAUCGAAUUGAUCUCUGGGUUGGGGCUUUACUGGAAGAUCCUGUGAUUAGAGGUCUCGUCGGACCUACAAUUGCAUGUAUUGUUGGACCACAGUUCAAGCGGACGAGGGAUGGAGACAGGUACGAUUCAUUUUUUCAGGAGACUAAGACUUCUUUGGAGGGGGAAGUGGGCGCUAAUUGUAGUCUGAAGGCACCAAUCCCACACUCUCAGGAGGAAAUGAGGCAAAAUUCCCGCGCACAUGAUUAG